AUGGACCUCAUGUCAGGAACCUUCAUCGUUGAACUGCUCAAGGUGCAGCACACCAACUUCGCCAACACGUACAAGGCGCACGGCGCCGCAGUCGAGACCUUCUGGCGUUCCCUUGAUUCCCGGCAACGAGCCAAAUGCCUCCUCCAAGUCGAGCAACAAGUCGAGCAGCAAGGCAGUGGGGAGCUCGCGGGCGGCACUCAGACAACCGGCUUCGGGAAAUUGCUGCCUGAGAGCGAUAACCGUUUCCUGGAUGGCGAUAGAUACGGAGAGGUCGUUAUCGUUCCGCCUGGCACUGAAGAAGCCGAGACCUUGACCGCCCUCGGCCCAACCGUCAACUUUGCCCCUUGGUCGAUUGGCAACUUGAUUCUGCUGAAGCAGCUUAGCCUGUUGCAGACGCUCAAAGCCAUUUUCAACAAUCUUCUGCAUGAGUCUUCACGACCCACAUAUGGACAGCAGCUCUCCCAAAGCCCCGACAAGGCGGCGAGUGCUAUUCCAUCUGAACCGACAAUCCAAGCUCCUCCUGCCAAGAUGUCUCUGUCAAGCCUGGUGGCCUUUGCUCGCGACCAAAGAGACUCGCUUGGCGAGAACUUGGACUUAUUCUGCACGGAGCCUCUUGUGCUCGCCUAUUAUGUCAACGCCUGCCUCCGUUGCCAGCCGAAGGCUGUCGCUGACGGGCAAAGCCAUCCGGAGUCCGCCAAGACCGAUGCCGACAUCUGUGCUGCUUUUUAUCGGGCAGUCCACAUUGCCAAUCGAAGCGCUGCCAUUUGGAACUACAUCACACAUCUACUCGAGCUGCUCGAAAGUUGCACUGCGGAUGAGGCCUUCCGGGGAACCCUUCUACAAGAAAUAUCCAACGCCUGUCAUGUCGAAUACAGCCGUGCGCAGGCUCUCGUCCGGCAGUACAUCCAGACGACCAUCGGAGUGCACUGCUUCGAGACAGCGUCCAAGGCUUAUGAUGAAGCGGGCAACCCACGUAUCAGCAUGAGAGGCAAACCCGAAGACUUGGCCCCGUUUGACUCACAGCUCCGCUGCAUACUGCGUCUCUGCCAGCCUGAGACCAAUGCAUCCAAGGCCGCCCAGUGGAAAGACGAGCUGGUUGCCCUUCAUCAAGCUCACCGCUCGGAGCGAGAGAGAUUAAGCAUGAGGGAAUCUGAGGCGCUCUGGGGCCUUUUCGCCAUCAUCCAGCUCAUCCAGGAUUUAUCAUCGACGAUCUCAAUGCCCUCCUUCUCUCGCAGGAAGAGACGAGCAUUCGUCUCAAAGUCACGAAAGCUAGAAGUUGAGCUGGACCAAAUCGGAAAGCAGAUCAAACCGCGAGAGACGCUGCUCCUCUUGAACAAACUUCGCGAGACCACAGCGUCUGUACAGGCUUUGGUAAAGCUCGACGAAAUAGUCGCCGAGAAGGCUGGCGCCAAGAUGAGCCUUCUCUACCAGAAUCUGGUCGAUGAAUGCCUUUCUAAUAUCCGAAAACAGCACCUGCAGGCAGAGUCUGAAGCUAAGCAGGAGAACGAAGCCGAAUGGGUACCGUUUCCAGCAUCCGCUCAGCAGUCACCCAAGAGGCAAAUCGAGCCCCAGAGACGGAGACAGAAGACGAAAACGCGCCCAGCGCAUUCAUCCGCCUUGGGAACUGCGCCGCCUGCGGAGCCCCCCGUUCCGCAGCCAGCCGCCGCGGCGCCACAGACCCUUACCGUAAGCCUAUCGACCGCUGCAGUUUUUCUCACACUGUUUAAAAAGUCGCAGGCUCGAGGCUCGGUGAGCUGGGUGGCAUUCGAAGCGGCCAUGGUAGACGUGGGAUUCUCUAUCGAGCCCAACUGCGGUUCAAUCUACGUCUUCACGCCUCCCAAGAUCCUGGCCGUGCAGAGGCCGUUUUCUUUUCACCGACCGCACGAUUCCCAUCUCGAACGACCCAUGCUCCACGUCCUUACUCGGCGAUUGAAGAGGGUCUAUGAUUGGAACAAAGAUACGUUCAAGACGGCCUGA